CUCACAAUUUUUCGCGAGGAGAGGAGAGCAACACAGUUUUCUUUCCCUGAUCGAUCGAUUACUCGAGGCGAUACCGCGUUAGAUCGAUCGAUCGAUCUUCGUUUAGUUUCUGGAUGGAGCGGAGCAGCUCGUUCGGCACGUCGUGGGCCGACCAGUGGGACUAUGGCGGCGACCCGAGCCCGCGGGCGGCGGCGCGGCGGGACGGCCACGGCGGCGGCAAGAAGCAGGGCGGCGUGGAGAAGACCAAGGCGGCGGCGGCGACGGGGCUGAGGAAGGUGAAGGAGGGCACGGCGCACGGGUUCCAGUGGAUCAAGGACAAAUGCCAGAAGAAGAACGCCGGCGGCGGCAAGAAGCAGCAGGCUGACGAGGAAUCGGGGAUCGCUGGGUACUAGGCUGUUUUUACUGUCAGACCAACGAUUUGGUUGGUUGAUUAGGUAGACGCAGUUUUAUUCGUAGGGUUGUGCUUAUGCAUGUGUGUAUAAUAAUAGUUGGGGCAUGCCAGCUUAUUUGCUGGAUUUUGUACAGUAACUUUCUCCGUUUCACAAUAUAAGUCAUUCUAGCAUUUCUCAUAUUUAUAUUGAUGUUAAUAAAUCUAGACUGUCUACCUACAUCAAUAUAAAUGUGAGAAAUGCUAAAUAACUUAUAUUGUGCAACGGAGGGAGUACCUUCAUGUAGAUGGACAUGUGAAUCAAUAUCGAUUGAUUCGUUGUUUUUUUAGCGCAUCGCUCUCGGUUGAUAUGAUAAAUUUUGAUGUUGAUCGGUUACAACUUA